CACGCUCCGUCAUUUCCUGUCUACUCCGGUGGCGGAGAAUAGCAGCCCAUGGAGUGAGUGAGCGAGCGAGCGAACUGGCGCCUUGCUGUAUUCAUGUCCGUCCGUUUAUAGCUUAGCAGAACUUGCCAAUCACGUACUACGUAUCCAUUUUGACAAUCUGGUCUAAAAUGGCAGCUAACAAGAACAAGAAUCAGAGCUCGUUGGCACUACACAAAGUGAUAAUGGUGGGCAGUGGAGGUGUAGGCAAGUCAGCACUAACAUUGCAGUUCAUGUAUGAUGAGUUUGUUGAAGACUAUGAGCCUACUAAAGCUGACAGUUACAGGAAAAAAGUUGUUCUGGAUGGUGAGGAAGUCCAAAUAGAUAUCUUGGACACUGCUGGACAGGAGGACUAUGCAGCCAUUCGGGAUAAUUACUUCCGCAGUGGGGAGGGUUUUCUCUGCGUCUUUUCAAUAACUGAGCAGGAAUCAUUUACAGCUACUGUAGAAUUUAGGGAACAAAUUCUCCGUGUGAAAGCAGAGGAAGAUAAAAUCCCAUUGCUUUUAGUUGGCAACAAGUCUGAUUUGGAAGAUCGGAGGCAAGUGUCUGUUGAAGAAGCAAGGAGCAAAGCGGAAGAAUGGGGUGUUCAGUACGUUGAGACUUCAGCUAAAACACGAGCCAAUGUAGAUAAGGUAUUUUUUGACCUGAUGAGAGAAGUGAGAGCAAAGAAAAUGUCAGAAAACAAAGACAAAAAUGGGAAAAAAAGCAGCCGGAACAAAAAGAGCCUCCGAGAGCGAUGCUGCAUACUGUGAUUUUUUUUUUGGGGAUCAAUUGACAGCAAUUUGAACUUGGGCACUUAACAUUCAUUUAGCCACUCAAUUUGUUUAUGAUUAAUCACUUUAUAGCAAAAUGGUGUUUUAUUUGAAAUAUUGAGUGGGUUCGUUGUCAAUACAAUGCUCUUUGAUUUAAGUGAGUUGUAUUCUUUAGACCUACUUGUAGGAUUUGUAUUUCUUUGCCUUUUUUCUUACAGGAGCAUUUUGGUUUUGAGCGAACUUAUCAAGCAGUAACAUGCUCCACCUUCCAUGUAGAUCUUUAGAUCCCCUUGUCCAGUUAACUGCUAACUAUUCAUAACCUCUCCUUUCAAAAUCAAUUUGGGAAGUAAUUAAAGGGCAGAUUUCUAAUACAUCAAAAGAAAACUGCAGACUUAUAAAAGGCAGCAUGCAUAAGCUGUUGUAUUACAGCUUGUGUUCAAAGUUUAAUUUGUCUUUUAAUGUGAAGACCUUAUGUUUAAAAUGACAUUUGAUAAAGUAGUUUGAACACUCUGAUCCUCUUUUACACAGCACCACACGUGGGCUUGCAGUACAACUAAAUUCUCAAUUUGUGCUAUUGUUGCACCGAAGGGCAAAUGAUUAAAACCUAGCUUUCUGAUGUAGUGCAAUCGAAGCCAGAUUUAUUAAAGCUACUCCUGGCUUUAACAAGUCCAGAGGUAAAAUUUCCCAAGUGUAAUAUGUUAUUUUCUGCUGUUUUAAUUAUGUAGAAAUCUUUUUGGAGGUGUUUUCUCUCCAUAAAAUUAAACCAUAAGUCUAAUUACCUUGAUAAAGAAAAUCUUGGUUUAUUUUUAGUCCUAGGCUUUUCACGAGCACAACUACUACUCUGUUCCAAGAACACAAUUUUGGUAUUUUGCACCCAAUAUAAUUAGUAGUUUUGUAGGUGGAGGGACUUACUCUACUGUCUCUAAGACUGUCAUGUUGCAUUCUCUACCUCCAUGAGUCGUAUUAAAAGUACUCGAGAUUAAGAUCUUCAGACAGAUCAUUGGCACUAAACAGUAUUCCAAGUCUGUUCACCUGAGCAGCCCAUGCAUUAGGGUAUUGGAUUGUGUGUCUGUCUGUUUUUAUGGUAAAGCAUUGGUGUGAAAAAAAGUUUGAAUAUUUGAGCUAAUUUUGCAAAUGACUGAGCACGUGAAUUACGGUGGCUAUUGUAGGUUUAGCAUUCAUACUUUUUAAAAACGUAUGUAGUCCUGUAUGGUCUUGUGGUAAAAGGUGAUGAAUAAAGAAGAAUUCUUUCAGAUGUUUUUAAGAACACAAAGUUGACCUGUGUGGAAUGGACCAAUAUCUCGCACUGAUUUUUAACAUUUGUAAAGAAACAAGAUUGGAUUGUUUGUUUUUAUGUAAAUCUUGUGAAUGACUUGUAUAAACCUUGGGCUAUUCUGACAUGUGUUUUUAACAACAAUUUCUGGAUGGAAGUGGGUUAUUACUGCAUUAAAACACUAGAAUAUUGGGACAGUACAGCAAUUGAUUUUCCUACAUUUGCCUUAACACACAUUGCAUGUAAAUUGAACUUGCCCCCUUUUUUGUUUGUUUGAUUUGUAGAUAACAUGACUGAAUUUGUGAUUUAAUGCAAUGUUUAUGUUGAGCUGAAUAGGUUGGAGUUCCAUGCCAAUAAUAAACUGGUAUUGUAUUUGCCAAAAAAUAAUAGCUACUCGGAUUGUUUACAUUGCCUAACAAAUUGAAUAAUUGAGAUGGAAAUUUCCUGAUUGAGACAAACCUAAAUAUCAUGAAAAUGUGAAAUAUUUCAACAUGAAUUAUGAAUAAAACCAGUAACAUGACUAA